AUGUUUGCAAUCACCUUCAUAGCCCACGGGGAGCAAUUAGCCGACCAGGAAAUCCAGGAUAUCGAAACCAGCAUCCUUCCUAAGCUUGAUGUGGGGAAUUUCGAGAAAAAAGUGUUAUCGCCUCGAGCAGUGGACUACUAUGUCAACGUCAGCGACCCGCUGAAAGUCUCUCAACAGCUCAAGCAAGAGCAAGGUAAACAUGCUUACGAUAUCAUCUUCCAAGACAAUGACCAGAGAAAGAACAAGAAGUUGUUCAUCUUCGAUAUGGACCUGACGCUUAUCUACCAGGAGGUGAUUGAGUUGAUCGCUGCCUACGCUGACAUCGAAGAUAAGGUGGCUGAGAUCACCACCCGGGCCAUGAACGGUGAGCUUGACUUCAACGAACUGUUACGUGAACGUGUGGCUCUUCUCAAAGGUAUCGACGCCACCAACUUGUGGGAAGAAUUGAAGGAAAAGAUCGAGCUUACCCGGGGGGUGAAGGAGUUGACUACGGCACUUAACAAGUUGGGUAUAGUUACCGGGGUGCUUUCAGGAGGAUUCAUCCCUCUUGCGCAACAUGUGAAGGAAGUGUUGGGGCUCAAGUACGCCUACGCUAACACCCUCGGAGUCGAUGACGAAAACAAAUUGGACGGCACCACCAAGGGGAUGAUUGUCAACGGCGACAAAAAGGCUGAACUUUUAUUACAGAUUGCUGAAGAAAAUGGCAUCGGUCCCAAGCAAGCGGUGGCUGUGGGCGAUGGGGCCAAUGAUUUGCCGAUGAUGGGCAAGGCUGGGUUUGGUAUUGCGUGGAACGCCAAGCCCAAAGUUCAACAAGCAGCUCCUUGUUGCUUGAACACCAAAUCGUUGCAGGAUGUGUUGUACAUUUUGGGUUAUGACGACGCUGAAAUUUCCUCGUUGACGGCGUAA